ACUCCUUCCAAAACUCUUAUUCAUCAAAUCAUCUCUCUUUAUAGUAACACCACCACCACAUCAUAUAUGGGUUCUACUGAUCAUGAUCACCGCCAGGGAGAUAAGUACAGAUCUUAUAUGUAUGGAGAUGAGCAUAAAGAUGUACACUGGAGGCAUGGGGGUCCUCCUAUCUACGACCUCGUUAAUGAACUCUUCCAUCAAGGGCAUUCAAAGGUUUGGCCAGAGGGAUCUUUAGAGGAAACCGUACAUAACGCCAUUAAAACAUGGGAAAUGGAGCUUUCUCACAAAACUCGGCUACAGGACUUUAAAACUAUCAACCCAGAAAAAUUCAAGUUAUUUGUUAAUGGAAGAGAGGGAUUAUCAGGAGAAGAGGUCCUGAAAUUAGGGAGUUACAACGCUUUGCUGAAAACAUCUUUGCCCGAGGAAUUUCAAUACUACAAAGCCGAUGAAGAGAGCUUUGAAUCUUUUCAUGACAUAUUUAGAUCAGCAUUUCCUCGUGGUUUUGCUUGGGAAGUUAUUAAGGUCUACUCAGGGCCACCUCUAAUUGCUUUUAAGUUCAGACACUGGGGUUACAUGGAAGGACCUUUCAAAGGUCAUGCUCCCACUGGCCACAAAGUCGAGUUUUAUGGAUUGGGCGUUCUCAAGGUAAUGAAUUAACCGAACUACUUUAAUAUUGAAUGAAAGUGGUCGCAGACAAUGAUCUGUCUUUCAAAUCGUUUGCAAACCUACCGAGUACCAAGGGGUAUUAUUAUGUUUUAUGCACGUGACUUGCAGAGCCAAAAGCACUAAAUUG